AUGAAAAUCUAUAAAUCCUUUGCAUUUGAUUAAAAUAUUCCAUAGUCAGAUUAUGAGAAAUUUAUCAACCCUGAUGAUCUGUUAAAUGAGAGCUUUGAGGAAUUAAAGGGAGAGUUCAAAAAUUACAGAACAAAAAAGGGUAGAGACAUUAUCAAACAAGAAAUGGAAAUGAGAAAGUAACUGCAAAUGAAAAGUAUAAUCAUGGUUUUAAUUGUAGGGAAAAAAAAUUAAUCUGGGUUGGGUGUCUAACAAAAAAAACAUGAAGACCACGAUAAUUAAAAAGACAUGUAUGGGAAUAUUGGAUUACUGAUUCGAUAAUAAGAGAGAAAGUGCAAAUAAAUUAAGAAGGAAGUGCAGUCGCGUACAUAAUUGAAUAUAGACAUGCAGCAAACUUUGGUUAGGACUAUACAGCGAUGAAACAGAAAAUCCAGUAAUUUAUUUAUGGGGACAAUUUAGGAAGACUGAUGUGACAAAAUAACCAAUAUUCAGUUAAGAAGACUUUGCUAAAUUGAUUUAAAGAGAAGACGAAGAUGAAUUGAUUUAAACAUAAACAAGGACUGUACAUAAACCUAGAGAGUAUAAUAUUUUUUAAUAAAUUUAGGGGUUUUAAGUCUCGAUUUAUUGAGAAAUAAAUACCAUUGUAUAAAAAUAUGGAGUAGUCCUCUGAAAUUGAUUCAAAAAAGUAAGUGGACAGCAAAGUAUUAACAAAACCAACUAAAAUCAAAUAGUAUAAAAGCUAAUCUAAAUCUUAGAUUUGGUCUUUAAUAAUCUCGAGAAUCUCCUUCAAAUGCAAUGUUUGAUGGUGAGGCAAAGCGAGUCUCGAAGUCGUAUCUCUAUAAGACUUGGCUUAAAGGAGAAGAAGCAUAAAACAAGAAGUACAAAAAGCCAAGAAGAACAGAAUCAUACCAUAAGGCGGCAGCUUAAAGGGAAGAAAUAAAAAGUCAACUGAAAGAAAGAGCAUAAGUAGCAUUCAAAAGAUAUGAAAGUAUGGGAAAGAGUAUUUAAUUUAUUAAAACCUUAAGCAUGGGAAAAAUUUGGGGUAUUUUCAUAGGAUAUUCUGGAUUUUAGAAUGUAAACUUUAAAGGAAGCUAAAAUUUAAAGAUUGUAUUUAUUUAAUAAUAAUAAUUAUAAAGAUUGCUUGAGCAAUAGGAACAUGAUCUUAAAAAGGUCGAAUAAAAUGAGUAAUUAAUUAAUAUCUAUUUUUAAAGACAGAGAGAUCCUGACAUGCUUACUCGAUUAGUGAAGGUGAUCACUAAACCUAAUUCUGAUAAUAAGGAAGAAGUCAAAACGAACUUCGUGUAUCAUGAACAAAGACUGAAAGAUAUGAGAACGAGGACUAGAUAAAUUUAGAGAGCUGGAUUUUGAA